AAUCUUAAAAAUAGGAAGAGAAAUGAACAAAUAACUAGCACACUACAAUGAAUGCCCUCUUUAAUUUGUUUAACUCGAAAACUUUAUAAAUUGUUUGUCACACUUGCAUAUUAAAUAGACAAAGUUAUGGAGAAAAGUGAAAACAAUACACAAAACAUGAUGCCACAAAUUCCAUCGGUGGAAGAAGCUUACAAAUUCUUCAAGAUCGAGCUCAACCCCGACGGUUCCCUCACACGUCACGCCGAGGCUCCGACCCUACCCGCAUCGCCCGAACCCGAUCCGAAUAACCCGAACUCCUCCCUCUCCAAAGACAUUCCUCUCAACGCCGCCACCGGCACUUUCAUCCGCCUCUUCCGCCCCCGCAGCCCCCCUCCCAACGCCAAGCUGCCGCUCCUCAUAUAUUACCACGGCGGCGGCUUCGUCUUCCUCAGCGCCACGAGCGCACCGUUCCACGCCUCCUGCGGCCGUAUGUCGGCUCACCUCCCCGCGCUGAUCGCCUCCGUCGAGUACCGCCUCGCGCCGGAGCACCGCCUCCCGGCUGCCUACCACGACGCGAUUGACGCCGUCGAGUGGGCCAGGGAUCAAGCAGCGGCCGGCGCCGCCGCCGCCGAUCCUUGGAUGGGAGAGCUGGCCGAUUUUUCUAGGGUUUUUCUGAUGGGGAGCAGCGCUGGCGGGAACAUCGUGUACCGCACGGGGCUAACCUUACUGGAUCGGGACGUCCGUCCGAUGAAGAUCGUAGGGCUGAUAAUGAACCAGCCGUUUUUCGGUGGGGUGCGAAGGACAGGAUCGGAGCUCGCGUACUACAACGACAAAAUCAUCCCGCUGCAUGGGGCGGAUCUGCUGUGGUCGCUCGCGCUGCCGGAGGGUGCGGGCCGGGACCACGAGUACUGCGACCCGCUGGCCGGGGGCGGGCCCGGCGAGGAGAGGCUCCGACGGCUGCCGCUGAUCCUCGUGCGGGGCUACUCGGGAGAUCCCCUCGUCGACAAGCAGAAGGAGUUCGUCGAGAUGCUGGCGGCGCGUGGGGCGCGCGUGGUGGCGCAGUUCGUCGACGGAGGUUUCCACGGCGUCGAGCUUUUCGAUCCGAAGUUCGCCGACGCGUUGUACGAUGCCAUUAGAGAUUUCGUCGCCGCGGAUGAUCGUGAUCGAGGUAACUGAGGGUUUGGUUGAUCGUGAAUGCAAAUUGUUUUCUUAUUUUAUUUAUUUAUUUAUCCGCACGUUGAAUAAUGCUGUGGUGGAUUGGUUAUUGCAUUUUCUUUUGCUUUUGCUUUGUAUUGAACCUCCAAUAAAAAUUGUUAACAGUCCUAUAAUAAUUCAUUUUUUUUAAUAUUUAA